AUGGACAACAGGACGUACUAUAAAGCAGACAUCGUCGAAGCCUCGAUCCCGAAGAAAGACUCCACCAAAUCAUCUGAUGUAUAUGUCAAAAUCCUUGUAGAAGGGCAACCACCGCAGAAGACCAAAGAGUGUAGAGAACUUGAUGGAAAGGCCGUAUGGAACGAACAUUUCAUGUUACCCAUAGAUAUGGAAACACAGCUUGAGAUCAAGAGCAAACGUAACACAUUUUUCAAACAUGGCUCCCGUUCUCUCGGCAAGGUUAGAUUAGAUGCGGCAGCAAUACUUAGACAGCCUGUUGUCGCAGUGUCACAGGACGUUCGGCUGAAUUUCCCUUCGGACGAAGUACUGCACUAUGACGCCUCACAGCGAGGCUACAUCUUAGUCCGUCUACACAGACCUGAAGAGCCUGUGCAACUUACUCGUCCAUCCGUGGCAAAAUCUUUUUCUGUGCUCAUUUCACAGCUAGAUACGUUUGUCCAGAUCGUGGGUGUGGCAUCACAGAUACAUCCAUUCGUGAACCUGGCAUGGCAGGUUGUAUCAUCACUUUACACAAUUGCCAGAGACCAGCUGGACCGGGACAAAAGAAUUGGAGAUUUAACAAAUAUGAUGGAGGACGUGUAUACCUUUGUUGAUGAUGUGAAAAGUUUUCCGAGUAGACUGGCACCUCAAGAGGAGAUCAUUAAGAAGAUCAUGUUCCAAACCAUAGAAUGUAUGCUGUUCAUUCAGGAGUACUCUGGUCACGGAUUUGGUAGACGCGCGCUCAAUAAACAGUGGGCAGAAGAGAAAAUUGCACGCUUCACGCAAACAUUCACAAUGCUGAAGGCAUCUUUCAACACUGGGGUUGUGGUCCAGAUCACUCUCAUUGCUCAUCGCACGUACGAAGAUGUGCAAUCGAUAGUUCAAACACAAAGUCUUGCCAAGCUUCAUCCAGUAGAUAUGGAUGACCCAUCCCGUCCGGCAUGCUUGCCCCAGACUCGCAGCGACUUGCUCUCCAGUGUAUUCUCUUGGGCAAUGAAUCCUUCCAGCAAUCAAAACUUGCUUUGGCUCCAUGGCCCUGCUGGCUCCGGAAAGAGUACCGUUGCUACAACGAUCGCCAACAUUGCGCGAGACCUCGGUCGUCUCGGCGCGUUUGUAUUUUUCAACCGCCGCAUGGCGGUAAGGAAUGAUCCAGCGGCCGUUGUACGAACUCUUGCCUUCCGACUUGGUGAAUUUGAUCAUCGACUGGGAGCAGCCAUCUCGACUGUGAUCAAAAGCACUCCAAGCAUCGGACAAUCACCCCUACGACAGCAGUUUCAUAAACUACUGGUGCAACCGCUGUCCGAAUCCGAAUUGGCUGUUUGGAGCCAAGAAGGCCCUGUAAUCGUUGUUAUCGAUGCACUGGAUGAGUGCGGACACGUCGGGGACCGGGAAGACCUUCUUAGCGUCCUGGCGCUAGAGAGCGUAAAAUUGCCGCCGACGUUACGCAUCGUUGUCACAAGCCGAGCAGAAUUGGAUAUUCAGGAAGCAUUGGAGGCACGGAAGAAUAUCUGCAACACUCCAAUCGACAUCGACUCUCUUGCCAAUGAUAAAGAUAUCCACCUGUACCUAUGCGAUCGUCUGCAGAACAUCCGUUCUAAAAGCAAAUAUCUGUCACUCCCACAGGAAUGGCCUGGGCAUAACGCAAUCGAUGCUCUGACAGCUCGAGCACGCGGACUCUUUAUAUGGGCAUUUACUGCCUGUCGCUACGUGGAAAAUGGUCAAUAUCCAGAAGACAGGCUAGCGGACCUGCUUCGUACUGACGUUUGCUCGAACGCCGAGUCAGCCCUGGAUCUCAUAUACUCCACCGCCCUAGAAUCUACUAGGAGAUGGGAAGAUCCGGCAUUUUCUGCCGACUUCCGUGACAUUCUCGGUGUUGUGAUAGCUGCCAGAAAUCCUUUGACAGCGUUGACCAUCGACCGUCUUAACGAGGUUUCUUCAGUCUCGAGAACGCGACCGAGUCUUCACACUAUUCAGCAUCUUGGUUGUGUUUUCCGAGGAACGACCAGCGAGCCGAUUCAAGUAAUUCAUCCCUCGUUCGAGGAUUUUCUAACAGAUCGAGCUCGCUGCAAAAGGGACGAAUGGUUCAUUGAUGUGUCUCUAUCCCACCAAAGACUUGCCCGCCAGUGCAUUGGCUCUCUUCGCGCGACUUUGAAACAAAAUAUGUGCAACUUGACCCUCACGAGAAGUGGGGUCGAUGUUAAGAUUUUACCCGAGGAUGUUACCUACUCCUGCAUCUUCUGGAUCGAACACGUCUGCGAGUUAGAGAGAAGUGAGGAAUCGCUCUCUAAUGUGGUGUACGAUUUUCUCGUGAAGCAUCUGCUUCACUGGAUCGAGACGAUGAGUUUAUUGAAGAAGGCUAGGCAUACAACUAAGUUACUUAUGCGACUAGAAGAUUGGAGCCAAUCAACUCGAAGUCGCCAUCAAGAACUUUGCCAACUUCUGGCGGAUGCAGUGCGCUUUUGCCAAGCCUUCACCGCAGUCAUUGAACAGCAUCCACUUCUCGUAUACAGCAGUGCAUUGCCAUUUUCUCCAAUCAACUCUGUUCUAUAUCAGUUAUUCAAGGACGGACGGUCGAUACCAGUCGUAGCUGGAGGCUUGCGUGAUGAAUGGUCGCCUUUGCUUAUGGACAUUCCCAGACCAGGUGGAGAAGUCACAUCACUCUCACUAUCGUCUGAUGGGUCCCAGUUGAUCUCGACGGUUGCCCGCGGGUGCUAUGUGUGGGACGUUAUAUCAGGGGAGCUGCUGAUCCAAGGGACCGAAAGUGGUUCAAUACUCCUCUGGGACACCUUCUCUGGGCAAAUGAUAGGUCAGCCACUCAAACGUGAUCAGGGAGCGAUAUAUGCCCUUGCAUUCUCCCCUGAUGGGACCCGUUUGAUCUCAGGCGGACAAAAUUGCACUAUCAUCAUGUGGAAUGUGCAGGCAUCAUCAGUUGUUCUAGACCCCCCAGCGACGCACACAAAAACGGUUCUGUGUCUUGCAUUCUCGCCCGAUGGUUUACGCUAUGCUUCGGGCUCCCGUGAUGGUACUAUUCGAAUUUGGGAUGUAGCAUCAGGGGGAAUGGUAUUAGGACCCUUUCGCGGUCAUUCUGGGGGCGUAUAUUCUGUAGCCUUUACUCCUGACGGCACGAGGAUAGUGUCGGGUUCAGAUGACAAAGACGUCUGUGUAUGGGAUGUUCAGGCUGGUUCUUUGAAUCGGUCUCGGGAAGCAUCCAUGCCAAUCAAGCUUUGCGGUCAUCGCAGCACCGUGUUCUCUGUUACCGUCUCUCCUGACGGGCGACUCAUCGCAUCCGCGUCAAAAGAUACUACCGUACGCCUCUGGAGUUUGGAGUCAAGGGAAGAGUUAAGCCACCUCGUUCGCCAGCACAGAAUAGCUGUGCGUUGUGUAGCAUUUUGGCAGCAGUACGGGCGUCUCCGCCUGGUAACAGGUGCAAGCGAUGCUACUGUCCGCAUCUGGGAUACCGAGUCAGUUGGAAGCAUGGGCGUGGCUCGGAAGCACAAGGGCCUGGUUUCGCACCUCGCGUUCUCACAAGAUGGCCAGCGCAUUGUUUCGGGGUCGCUUGAUCGUACCGUGCGGGUUUGGGAUCCCAUAACAGGCCAAUGUCUACUGGGUCCACUGAACCUUGAGCAACCAGUACAUUCUGUUGCUCUACCCGCAGAUAAUGUUAGGAUCCUGGCAGCAGACCGUGAGGGCGCUGUCUUCGCAUGGGAUGCAACGACAGGAGAGCAUUUACCCGCUACGCCGGCCGAUGAUCCCAGCUAUCAUUCUAUCGUCGGGCCGCUAUCUCUGGAGCGAAAGUGGAUAGUAGAUUCAAGGACUGGUACGGCCCUUACGAUGCUUCCAACAAUGUCACCUGUGAGAUCCCAUGCAUCAUUCGGCAAUUGUAUGGCUCUUGGGCUGGCGAAUGGUGGAAUAGUAAUUGUACACUUUCCGGAUACCCCACAGCUUGCCUAG